UCAUCGAAUCGAAUGUGAGGUUAAGUUGGCUAAACUUAAAACGUGAUUUCAAAAACAAAUUUAAAAAUGACUCAAAUUCCGCCGAAUAUUAAACGAGAAGCGCCUAAUAUACUAGUAACGGGUACCCCGGGAGUGGGCAAAUCAACGUUAUGUACAAAAUUGGCCGAACUAACAGGUUUACAAUGGUUAGAAAUCUCGAAAAUAGCCAAAGAUUACAACUGCUUGGAAGAAUAUGACGAGCAGUAUCAGUGUCCGGUUUUGGACGAAGAUAAACUUUUGGACGGUUUAGAGGAAGUCAUGUGCAAAGGGGGAAAUAUCGUGGAUUACCACAGCAAUGAGUUUUUUCCUGAAAGAUGGUUCGAUGUAGUCUUUGUACUCAGAGCUGAUAACACCACCCUUUACGACAGAUUAACGACCAGGGGAUACACGGGGAAGAAAUUAGAAGAUAAUAUACAAUGUGAGAUAUUCCAAACAAUUUUAGAAGAAGCUAAAUCAUCAUAUAAAGAAAAUAUUGUGCAUGAGUUGUACAGUAGGACACCUGAAGAAUUGCAAGACAAUAUUAACAGGAUAUGUACGUGGUUGCAGUUGUGGUUUCAGGACAAUCAAAGUUAAUAAUAAUUAUUGUUAUACAUUAAGUUUUUUUAUAAUAAAGUUGACUGUAUUUGUUA